AUCAGCGCGAUCACGUCAGAGCAGAGCGUGUGGAAAGUCUCACGCGUAGUUGAACAGUCAGUGAUGAUCACACACAACGAUGAUUCAUUACGCUAAAUGAACAGCAUAGCAGGAACAUAUCUCACAAUAGAAGAGAGAGAUUAGAAUGGGAACGGAUUUUUGAGGCGCGUCGGCUGUGUCCGUUGGUGCUGCGCGCGCACACUGGGUUAUUUUGGUUCAGUGAGGCAGUAUGACAUGCGCGUUUGAUUUUGCUCAGCUGUUGUUGAUAUGUUUAUGAUAUGAACAGCAUACAGACGCUCUAGUGUCGCGUUCAUUCAUGUGUUAUAGGGCGUGUCUGGAUCUUUCGCGUGUUUUUGUGCUGUGGUGAUGAUCCGGUUGGCUUUAGUGCGCGCGCUCGUGGCCGGUCGCGCGCCCGGACCGGGUCACCUACACAGAUGUUUCCUCGGAACACACCGGCGCAAAGUCAAGCCCGAGCAGCUGGACCUGCCGGACCAGGCCCGGGAGUUCGUGUACGGCCUGAGCCCGGCGACCCGGGUCUGCUUACUGAAGGAGCUGCAGAACUUCCAGUCCACGGGGGAAGACUCGGAGGAAUCGUCUCCGCUGACGACGGCUCAGUUCAGAUACAUUCUGCUGCACAACGCCAUUCCCUUCGUGGGCUUCGGCUUCCUGGACAACGCCAUCAUGAUCGCCGCCGGAACUCAAAUAGAAAUGUCCAUCGGAGUGACACUCGGAAUAUCAACAAUGGCAGCGGCGGCGCUGGGGAAUCUGGUGUCGGAUCUAGCUGGACUCGGUUUAGCAGGUUACGUGGAGGCUCUGGCGUCUCGUUUCGGGAUGCAGAUUCCAGAUUUAACGCCCAAACAGGUGGACAUGUGGCAGACCAGAGUCACGUCACACAUGGGAAAAGCCAUCGGAGUCGCCAUCGGGUGCAUUCUGGGAAUGUUUCCAUUGCUCUUCCUGAACGACGAUGACGAAGAUGAGGAGAAGAAGAAGAAGAAGACGAAGAAGAAUCAUCCGACCUCAGACUGACGCACUUUUAUAUCGGCAUGACAACCGCAUUUGUUUUGCCAAAGUCUGACGAAAAACAAGCGAAAGAUCAAACGGUAAACUGAAAUGAAAAAGAUCAUAAUAUAAUAGUAGGAAGUAGAAAUCUAAAUAAUUAUUAAGUAGUUUAAAAGUUUAAUCUAAAGAUGAAGAAUAGAUGUUUAAAUGAGCAUGAGUUUAAUUUUAUCUCUCUUUGUCACAUAACACUAUUUUACACCAAAGAACGAUAACUAUAAAGCUGUAAUAAUCACUACGAGAAUAUGGAAGUCCUCAGCACAACUAUAACCAUUACGAAUAUUGCAAGAAUUACUUUGUUUUCCAACUGAUGAACGACAGCCAAUCAGAAUCCAUCACCAAUGAACGAUAAAAACAUUGACAGCCAA